CUGUGGGCGGAGGGACGGUGAGGGGGGUCGGGCGCGGCAGGACUUUGAACGGUCGUUUUUUGAAUAAAGUCGGCGGCGGUGGCGGCGGCCGGGCCAUGUUUGUGCAGGAGGAGAAGAUCUUUGCGGGGAAGGUGGUGCGGCUCCACAUUUGCACCAUGGAGGGGGCCGAGUGGGUGGAGGAGGUGACCGAGGACACCGGCAUCGAGAAACUCAAGGAGCGCUGCCUGAAGCACUGUGUACAGGGAGGAUUAGAAGAUCCAAAGACAGUUACACACCACAAACUCAUUCACGCUACUUCGGAGAGGGUCCUGUCGGACACAAAGACUGUGGCUGAAGAAAACCUCCAGGAUAAAGAUGUUUUAUUGUUAAUUAAAAAGCGGGCCCCUGCUGCUCCUCCCAAAAUGGCUGAUGUUUCUGCUGAAGAAAAGAAAAAACAAGAACAAAAGGCACCAGAUAAGGAGGCCAUCAUGAAGGUGACAGCUCAACUUGCUGCUCGGCAGGUUGAUCGGAUGGUCACCCAGCACAACCUGCGAGAUUUUCAGACAGAACUCAGGAAAAUCCUUGUUUCACUAAUAGAAGUGGCACAGAAGUUGCUAGCGCUAAAUCCAGAUGCUGUUGAACUAUUUAAGAAGGCUAAUGCUAUGCUGGAUGAGGAUGAGGAAGAACGAGUGGAUGAGGCAGCUCUACGUCAACUGACGGAAAUGGGCUUCCCUGAGAGUCGAGCAGUUAAAGCAUUACGGCUGAAUCAUAUGUCUGUAACACAGGCCAUGGAGUGGCUAAUCGAGCAUGCAGAAGACCCUGCAAUUGAUGCACCACUACCUGGUCCCGGAACAUCUGGAGGAAGGAGAGCAGCAGCAGAGGAGGCAAAGCCCGAAGCAGUUACUGAAAUUGCCAAACAAGAUGAGUUGACUGAUAUCUUCAAGAGAAUUAGGAGGAAACGGGAAUUUCGACCAGAACCCAGAGCAAUGAUUGCUCUAAUGGAAAUGGGAUUUGAUGAAAAAGAGGUAAUAGAUGCAUUGAGAGUCAACAACAACCAACAAGAUGCUGCUUGUGAGUGGCUGCUGGGUGAUCGAAAGCCUUCCCCUGAGGAAUUGGAUAAAGGCAUUGAUAUGGAAAGUCCAUUAUUCCAAGCCAUUUUGGACAACCCUGUAGUACAGCUGGGACUGAUUAAUCCUAAAACGCUGCUUGCAUUUGAAGAUAUGCUGGAAAAUCCAUUGAACAGCACUCAGUGGAUGAAUGAUCCUGAGACCGGCCCGGUGAUGCUGCAGAUUUCUAGAAUUUUCCAGACACUGAAUCGUACGUAGGGCAUCUGCCCCUCUUCCAUGACACAGGUGCUGUCUAACCUGAUGAAAGCUCCAUUAUUUCAUAUUUGCAGUAUUUUCUUUCUGGAUAUGACACUUCUGGAAUGGGAAACAUCUAUUUUAUGAACAUACCAAUAAACUCAUCCUUAAUUUUAAA